GACCAACGUGACUAUGAGUGGCUUCGGUUGGGACCUCGUUCAAAGGUCAACCGAACGGGAUAUCAGCACCCAUAACGAUGUGGUGGUGGCCUUCACCCAUUGGAAGCUGUUGGCUUUAGGCCUUCGUUGUGUGGGUAAUGGGGACCAUUUUCAGGCUGGAUCGGACCCAUCGCCCUCUGAACUGCUUCCGACCGAUUGGAACAAAGAUAAUUCAGCCUUGUACACGCUAAAAUAUCGACAUCACGAGACCACGGCCGACAAAUAUGUUUUGAAGGCCAUCGUGGCCGGAUCGUCCUUGAUAUUGAGCCUUGUCCGAGUAGCCGAUGAGCAAGUCACCACCUUAAGCGUGGAAUCAGAGAAGUGGGUCGAUUUGGGUGACAAAAACGUCCUCAAAAAGGACGAAUUGGCUAAAACCGUGGAUAAAGAGUUGUUGGAUCCGAUUUUUAAGCCAUCGUCAGAAACUGAGGCCAAAGCUGAAGAGGCCAAAGGUCAAAGCAGUUCCAGAUUGCGGGAUGAGUCUCAGGGCUCCUCGUCCGGUUUGAGAGUGGGUGGGCCCCGGGGACCUCUCAGACGGGAUGAUUUGCUCUUGGGCUCGUCAGAUUUGGAUCCCUUGGGACGAAUGGGUGGACCUGGAAUGGUAUUCGAACCGGGGAACUUCAUGGCCCCGCCUCGAGCCCGAUUCGACCCAGUACAUCCAUAUAUGCCUAAUCCUGGGAUGGGUGGUCCCAUGGGACCAGGGAUGGGGGGCCCUAUGGGUCCAGGAAUAGGACGGAGGCGUUUUGGGGAUGAGAUGCAACCCCCCGGAUUUGAUAACGAUGACAUGUUUGGCUGAAUAAAUUCAAAGUGGAACUGGGCCUUAAA